AUCCAUCUCCCUUCAUAAAUUGGUAGUAAACCCACACUCUACCUUGCAUUAUAAAAGAAACAAAGAAAGAGUAGACAUUUUAUAACCUUCGAGGCUCAGCUGAUCUAUCUUGCUCCCAGAUUCUUAAACCUCUCCAGUUCUACCUUAAUGGAUCAAGAUUACUACAUGAGAAGUCAUGUUCCGGCUUUUGGGAGCUGGGAUUGGAACGACGACCUGCCAUUCACUCAGUGCUUUGAGUCAGCAAGGGAGGCCGGGUUGCUACGUUACAGCUUUUCUGAAGAGCGUGAUUUGUAUGUUGCUGGAGAUUUGUAUGAGAAUAAUGUGGUCACACCCGCCAUGAUCGUUGUUCCUCGGCGAAGGACAAAAGUUCGUGGCCCUUACGUCAAGGAAGAUAAAAAGCAAAGCUGGGUUAGUGACGUGGAGGAACCAACAAGUCCGCCAACUUCUAUGCCAAGGGCAGCCCCAAAACCUGUGGACGAAGACUUGUACAAAAUCUCCCCCGAAGUCCUCUAUGCAAAAACUAGAAAGAAGAGAGGGUUGAGGUUUUUCACAAGCUGCUUGCUGCCCACUUGUGUUCUGUGAAGAUGUUAACAGAAGUACCCUCAAGGACUUUGUACAUAUGAGUCUAUGACUUAUGAGAGAGAGAGAGAGAGAGAGAGAGAGGGAUUGGUAGAAGGAUAUAGUUAAUACUUAAUUAUGUUGGUGGUCUAUGUAUGUGCGUGAGGAAUUGUUAUUUUGAUGGAUGUCUGAGGAAUAUCAUUACUAAUAUUCUCUCAUUAUGGAAAGAAGACUUCUAAAGGAAUCAAGGGUCGUGUAUUUUUCUUUUGUUUAGCCAUCUUUGGAAGGUUAUGAUGAUCAUUUUGAAUAUUAGGGUUUAAUUUGUUAA